AUGGCAGACGAAACAGUUGACGUAUCGAUGAUCGAUGAAAACGGUGAACAAGAACAAGAACAAGAAUUCGACUUAGACAAGAUGAAGUUGUUACCAGGGUCGUCAGAGGACGGAACGGCUGCCUCGUUCCAGAUUGUGGAUGAAGACCAUACUCUUGGAAAUGCGUUACGUUACAUCAUUAUGAAGAACCCAGAAGUGGAGUUCUGUGGUUACUCUAUUCCCCAUCCUUCUGAAAACAAGCUUAACAUAAGAAUCCAGACAUACGGAAACAUAUCGGCAGUGGAAGCGUUACAUCAGGGGUUGGACAACUUGUCGGAACUCUGCUCUACGAUUGAAGAGAAAUUCAGCGAGAAAAUUGAAGCUGGGGGCUACAAGACGGUGGAACCAUGA